AAUGGAAAUGAGAAAUAAUGACAAAUUCGUUGAUAAUAAAGAAAAAGAAUCGGAGAAAGAUGAAGAAAAGAUGACAAAAGUAGAAAAUUGGCUUACAUUGAUAGUAGAAAAGGGAGGCGUAUUCAACCAAGAAGUUGUUAAUAUGUUGAAAAAUUUCGCCAAAGAACUCUACAUUAUAAAGGAUAAGCAACCAAAUAGUUUAAUGGUCGAUAGUUUUGAGUUUUCUCUUGUAAAGUACACUAUUGGAAUUUUGGGUCAAAUACAAUGCUGCGAUAAUAUAGAAAAUAACGAAAAUGGUCGUAGAAUUAAACUAAACUUCAAAGCCAUUUGGCCAAAGAUUAGAGGAGAAGUUGAUACUAUUCGUAAAUUUGUAGAAAAAAGUCUUAUUGAAAAAGAGUUUAAUGAUUUGUUACGUAAUAAUUCAAUAAUAAGAUUAUUGGAAAAUUAUCCAUCAAUUUUUGCGGAUAAUCGCCCUAUUCGAAUUAACGAGGAUGAAACUGAUGAUGAAUAUUUAAUACCGAACUCUUUGGGUGAAAUUAAGUUUUUAUUACAAUAUAUCAAGUUCGGUUCGUUGAAAAUACCAGAAAGAUUGCAGUUGAUUAUUAUUCUAUACGAUAUAGAAAGAAACGAAUCAAUUGCCCAAUGCGUUCGGCAAUAUAACUACUCUAAAGGUGAAUUUGAAAGCAAAGUUUUCCCCGACCUAAUUGUUUUUAAGCUAAACCUUCAUAUAUUAUGUAACAGAUCGGUUAAAAAAAAAUCAUCUCUAGCGUAUAAGAGAACCAAAGAUGACGGGGAUUUAUUUGGGAUAGCUCGCGUAUUUUUUCAAUUCUCACCAUUAAAAAGCAAUCUUUAUACGUUUACUGUCUACGAAAGAAAGCAAGAGGUGUACGUUAUUAAUGAAGUCUCUUGUAACUUUCUACCCAAAAAUGAUUUGAAUAUGAACAUAUGCCAAACAAAUAUUUCAAAAACUUGGAGAGCUAUGCAUUAUAUGAUGAUUGGAAUAUCCGUUAGAGACGGAAUAAAUCCAGAACCAAUAGAUGUUUAUGUUGAUAAACUAGAUUCUUUAACUUAUGGCUUUGGUUUCUUACCACUUUUUAACGGUGAUAAAAUUCUAUCAGAUGGAUUAAAAGAUAUAUCUUUACAUAUAGAAAAAAUUCCUUUGAACUAUACCGAUUAUGAAUGGGAAAGAAAUCCUCGUACGGAAAGUAAUCUUCUAGUUGAAGUUAAUCUAGUUUCGAAUGUUCUAACAAACGACGAUCAACUUUUAAAAUCAUUCAACGGAAUUGAUUUAGACGCCAUUUUUAAUAUUGAAAAUAGAUUAUACUUUUCGAGAUAUAAAUUCCUGAUUUUGGAUACAAUUUUUCUUUACAUGAACAAGACUGAAAAUGAAGAGAAUGCAUUUAAUAUUCUAGUUCAAUUCUUGGUUUUACACGAAAAAGACAAGGACGAAGGAGAAAUUGAUCAGUAUAUUGAUUUAAAAUUCUCCUCUCUCGUCGCUCUAAGAGUGAUUGUAGAAGGAAUUUGUAGGAUAUUCGAAAGAUCGAUUGUAGCUGAAAUAAACAUUGUCGUUAAAGUAGUUCCGCUACUAUUCAAGUUUAUUCUAAAAUCUGGUAUCUUGAAUUUUCACGUUAAAAAUCGAAAUACAUUGGAAACUUAUCUUCAAACUCUCUUCUUACGAAUUGAUAAUUUUAUUCAAAAUUUUAGAAGAAACUCUAAAAGAGUUCGAAAAAUUGGUAUAAAACUUAUAAAUUCGUUGAUUAUCUGCUGGAAAUAUCUGUUUCCGGACGAAAUACCGAGAAAUAUAUUAGAAAUUCAUAUAAGCUAUAUGUCGGAAAUGUAUUGUCGUCUCUUAACGCCCGACGGUAUAUCUAAAAGCCUCUUCAAGGAACAAGACAAAAUAGUCUAUUUCGAAGAGGAGGUUUUCUUUGAAAUCGAUUUAGAAACUGCAAAAAUCUAUUGUUUACAAUCGCUUAUCGAAGAAAAAGAAUUCUCAGCAUUUGUUCAAGUUCGACAUGAAUUUUUAAAUUCAUCUAUUCAAGUUUUGUUCGUAUCUUAUCUUAUUUACGAAAAUGACGACUUAAUAAAAAGAAGUUUAAUUCUAUUGCAAAAGCUUUUAAAUAAGAGAUACGAAUUAUUGGCAAAAGGGAUAGAAUUGUCGCAAUUCGAAGCUAAAACAUUACUAGAAUGUAUCAAGUUUUUAACAAGAAACGUUCAACAGAAUUACAUUGAAGAUAAAAUUGCUGAAGAUUUAUUCGAUAUAAUAACAAAAGACAACAGUAUUUACAAACAACCUGAAAAUUGGCUAGUUCAAUUUGAAUUAGAAUAUGGACUAGAUUUGGAACAAAACUUAAUUAAAGAUUUAAAAGAAACUUUCUAUAGAAUUAUCGAUGGAAUUAUUAAUUAUAAAUAUAGUUUAAAGUAUGCUUUUAACCAAUUGGAUUUAUUUCCAUUAAUCUCUUGCGAUUAUCUGAGAAAAAUCACAAAAAGUGAAUAUCUACGCGAAAGAAUGCUUACAGAAAUAUUCGAUAUACAUCAUCGUUCAAACAAUUUCGUCGAGAAAGCCUUUUCCAUUCUAACUUCGAGAGAUUACAGCCAAAUUUUAAACAAUUGCUUAUUAACGGACACACCAACUGUUGAUAAGAUUCUAAGAGAUUUACAAUCGAGUAUAGAGUCUCUCUCUCUUGGAAAGUUCUUUUUGGAGGAUGGAAAGUCAAGAACCAGUUUAUCGGCUAAAUAUUAUUAUUCAAAUGGAACAUUUCCAACUUAUACAACUGUUUUAGAAGUUGAUAGAGAAGAAACUAUAUUCAAUUAUUAUGAAAUUGUUUCAAACUGCAUCCUUCAAUUGUAUUGUAAUUUGAAUAGACAUUUCGCAUCUUUAAAGGAGAAGAAUGAUGAUGAAGAGCUGCCUGAGAGCUGUUCAAUCCAACUGGAAUACGAAACCAUUCUCAAUAAUCUAUUUAUAGAUAAUGAAAAUAUAUUAAAUUAUAUUGAAUUGUUAUCAAACGAUGAAAAUUCAAAUCUGUUUGAAAUGUUCUAUAAAUUAUUUGGAUUUUUACCGGAAGCUAUUGAAUUGUAUAAUAGUAAAUUUCAAAAUACUAAAUAUAAUUAUAUAUCAGAAUUCAAGAAACUAUCUAAAUUAAUUAAAUCGAAAAUCAGUGUUCAAGAAUCGUUCAAAAGAAAAUGGUACGAAUAA